UCAUUUCAGCCAGUGAUUAGUAAACGAAAAAGUGAACUAAAAUGAGGGCUACUUUCGCAUUGACUCUGUUGCUCGGCUGCCUUUCAGGCAUUUUGGCGGAACAACCCAAGCUAGACACAUCGGUGUCCCAGGAACUAGUGUUGGGUUGCCUCAAAGAGAACGGAGUCACCCCACAGGAUCUGUCUGACCUGCAAACGGGCAAGGUGAAGGCCGAGGAUGCCAAGGACAAUGUGAAGUGCUCCUCUCAGUGCAUUUUGGUCAAGACCGGUUUCAUGGACGCCACAGGCAAACUGCUGACCGACAAGAUUAAGUCCUACUAUGAGAAAACGAGUUUUAAAGAUCUCAUAGCAAAGGAUUUGGACAGGUGCAGCGCGGUCAAGGGCGCCAAUGCCUGUGACACCGCCUUUAAGAUAUUGUCCUGCUUCCAGGGAGCCCAUUAGGGCCUUAACAAUCCCAGCAGUCGGUCGGUAGAAAAGCAAAGCAUAAUCUGUUCAAAAGCAAUAAAGGCUUACCGUAGAAAUUAA